CCUUUAUGUAUCAAUGUUCUCAUUUAUGCCACUGUUCACAUGUAACUCUGUUUAUUUACUGUAUCUGACUACAUUUAUUCUGGGGAUAAAGGAAUUUAUGUCAUGUACAGAACAGAAGAUAAACCUGGACCAUACCUCCUGUUGGAAUUUUUUAGGAAACUAAAGCAAAGCCCAAAGUAGUAAAGCUGAAGACCCUUGGCCACCCUCCAACACUCACCAUGGUGGUUGAAGUUCUCAAAAAGAACCCUGAGAGGAAGGGAACAUCAGUGCCGGCCAUCCGCAAUCAUAUCCUGGCUGCACAUCCCACUGUUGACGCCAUAAGGCUAAAGUUCCUACUGAGGUCUGCUUUGAACAAGGGUAUUGAGAAAGGGAUUCUCAUCAGGCCUCCAAACUCCAAUGCCACAGGAGCCACUGGCCGUUUCAAGCUGGCUAAGCCUGGAUUGAAAUCUAAAGGGAACGUGUCUGAGAAUGUGGAUCCUAAUGUUCAACCAAAGGAGAAAACUGUGAAGUCCAAGGAAAAGGUCAAGAAGGUGGUUAAGAAGGUCUCAAAAAAACCAAAGGCUGAUAAAGAGUCAAAAGCAGAAGAGAAUACUGAGGAGGACAAUGAUACAGACAAAAAGGAAGAGACUCCUGAGCCCCAGGGAGCUGCCAGUAAGCCAAAGAAGCAAGCCACAGGGAAUAAAAAUAAAGCCCCAGCACCUGCAAAGAAGCCAAAGUCCAAAACUGUAGCUGCUGAGGAAGGUGAGAAGCCUAAAAAAGUGUCAGCCAAGAAGGCUGGAUCGGCAAAGACCAAAGAGACUGAGGAAAAAUCUUCAGUGAAAGGGAAGAAGUGACAUCACUGGGGAUAGAAAGGUUUUAACUUGUGUAAAUGUGACUUUAAC